GGGUUUAUCUAUUGGCUUGCUGUUGAAAGAAAUAUCAUGGAUGGUGUGUUCAGUUCUUGUAAUUUGAUUAUUUCAUUCGAUAUGACAAGUGAAGAGUUUAGAGAAGUAAACCUUCCCGAUAGUAUAGCCCACCAGUUUUAUAUUAAUCUGUCUAUGUCUAAACGAAACGAGUCCCUUGUUGUGCUGGAAUUCGGUGGAGACCCGAAUCAACUAGUUUACUAUGUAUGGAUGAUGGAGGAUGGUGUUUCAAAUUUGUUUACAAAGCUAUUCACUGUUGAUUUUCUAACACCAGAUGGAUUCGGAUGUUUAGUAAGGGGAUUCAGGAAGAUAGGUGAACCCAUAGUUGAAAGCUUACAAAAUCAGAAUGACUCCAAUGGACAACUUGCUGUUUAUGAACCCUACUCAAAGUCCCUCAAUAAUCUUGGGAUUAAUGGAAUGGGUUGUUCAUGUUUUGUGUAUCCCUACAUGGAAACACUUCUUCUUCUUGAUCAACCAAAUUUUAUUACUUUUGACAAAGGUAAACGCUACAUUCAAAGUGAAGAGGUGAGACAUAAGGCUUUUGAAGCAUACAUGCAAGUCAGGAGAACUCUAGAAGACUAUUACUCAAGUUUAGAGAUGUAGCUGAUAUGCUCUAUUUAUUUCUGUUAAGAACAUGGUUGUAACUUAAUUGCGUAGAUGAACUAUCAACUUGUG